UUGCCAUGUCAAGCAUGGUGAUGAUUUGAUCUAUGACCGUUGGGUUCAACCCAAUCUCCAUUUCGAUGUAAGGCAUUGUUGGGCAUUGCGAUUUCUGUACCGCAGCUUCAGCUCACGACUGUGAUUGAUACGUGAAAGAUUCUUCCUAUCAAUGCAGUCAUCCAAGUUCAUCAUUCCGAAUCCUCACUCAACGGCCACAUCCCAGUAGGCGAUCUCGCGAUUCCGUAUCCGAUGUUGCCGACUGAUCAUCUUGUUUAUCUUGUUCAUCUCCCAAGAGCCUCAUAUAUCUUGGCCCAAGCGGCCAACCACUAACGGCUUGGCACGUCUUGCCGGCCCUUUUCUGUUAUCGCACUUCCUUGCUGCCCCCUUUCCAACCAAAACAUUUAAAGGUCAGGAAGGGAACCGUUCUGGAACCAACUGAAUAAGUGGUGAUAUCAACACAUUUCCGAACUAGCCUUACUCAUAUCAUGGUGCCAUACUACAGAACGGGUUGGAGGGCCUUUAUCGAUUCUACUCGCGAUGCUAUCGCGGAAAUCGGUGCCGAAAUCGGCAUUACUGAUGAGCCGGAGAAGAGGGUGAAAUGCCCCAAGAUGGUGUUUGCUCACUACAUGCUAGGACUUACAGUCAAUCAUACUGCUAAGGACUGGGACGACGAGAUUAGGGCUGCCAAGGAGUGCGGCAUCGACGGAUUCGCACUCAACACCGGAUCUCAGGAUCACUGGCUUGAUGAGCAGUUGACUUUGGCGUACCAGGCGGCUGAACGGGCAGGAGGCUUCGUUCUUUUUAUAUCUUUCGACUUUGCGUUUGAGUGGCCAGUUCAGCAGGUCGUUGACUUGAUCAACCGAUUCAAGUAUUCGCCCGCACAAUGUGUAGUCGAUGGGAGACCAUUUGUAUCGACGUUCGAGGGCCCUCAGUGGGCGGACAACUGGCCCUUGGUCCGUCAAGCGACGGGUGAUAUCUUCCUCGUUCCAGACUGGGCCAGUCUUGGGCCCCAUGGAGUUGGCCAGAAGCUCGACAUUAUUGAUGGUGCCUUCUCUUGGGACGCAUGGCCAAAGGGAUGCAAUCACAAGAUGGGACCAGAUGAAGAUCAUUUGUACUUGGAAGCCCUCCAAAUCGAGAAGCCAGGCAUCUUUGGGACACCGAAUAACAAGCACAAGUAUAUGAUGGGCGUCAGCCCCUACUUCUACACCAACCUUCCCCAGUGGAACAAGAACUGGUACUGUUCUAGCGAGUCUCUCUGGUAUGAUCGCUGGCAACAAAUUCUAGAAGUCCAGCCGGACUUUGUCGAGAUCAUCACUUGGAAUGACUAUGGAGAGUCAAGCUACAUCUACGAUCCCCAUCGCGACGACCAAGUUGUGCCAGGAGCAGAUGCUUACGUCAAGGGCUACUCACACGACGCCUACCGUGCCAUCCUGCCUCAUUUCAUCCAGGCUUACAAGGCUGGGAAGACCAAGGUUAAGCCACGGGAGCAUCUUGAAGACGUAGCGAUCGCAUGGUAUCGCAGGACACCGGCCAGUGCUGGUCACCAUGGUGAAACCGUAUGGGGACAAGGAGGCGACGCCUUGGCGGCACAUGGCGCUAAGGACGUGAUCUCCGUCGUUGCUAUCACCAAGGAGGAGAACACAGUGACUGUGACGCUCGGAGACGGGCAACCGAGGGAGUUCCAAACGGUACGGGGAUCUUCGUACUUCGAGAUUCCAUUCGACGAAAACAGCCUUGGCCCGGUGUGGUUGCAGUUGAAUGGUCAGGUCACGGAAGGACCGGAUAUCCAUUGCAACUGCGAAGACAAGGUCAACUUUAAUUCGGUGGUCAUUCAGGUUCCUGACAGGAGGUAAUCGGGGUACGACUGAGGAUGCAGUUGAAUAGUGGGGAAGGUUCAUGAAGGGAUGAACCGGGAAUAUAAUGGCAGCGAGGAUAGAGUGAGACUGGAGGUGAUAUAAUGGUCGAACUUUGUAGACCGAGAGCCACUUUAUAAUACACCAUUUUUUGCGGUCAGUAUUACAAACAUCACGACGGAAAGUGUUUGUUGACUUUGAAUCUGCACG